AUGGCCGCCUUCAUCGGAAUCUCCUGGUGGCUAGGGCUGGAGGUGAAUGCGUCCCUGUUCUUGACCUUCAAGCGACGCCGCGGACUAUAUUUCUGGUCCUGCGCACUCGUCUCGUGGGCGAUCGUCCUCCAACCUCUCUUUAUCAUCCUCGCCGACUUCCAUGUCUGGACGGACCCCGUCCCCUCCAUCACUAUGAUCUACCUCACAUGGCUGAUCAUGGUCGUUCCGCAAAGUUGGGUCUUAUACUCGCGACUCCAUCUACUGUUACGCAAUGCAAAGGUUUUGAGGACGAUAAAGUUUAUCCUCAUCGCCAACUCGGUGGUGUUCUCGAUACCGACUAUCGUGAUCGGGAUUAUGGCGCAAGCCACAAAUAUCAAUCCUGCCCUCUCCUCCGCCAACCUCAUCUGGGACCGCGUGCAGCUGGCCGCCUUCCUCAUCCAAGAAACCGCCCUCAGCACGCUAUACAUCUUACAGACACGAACAUUCCAGCGCGGCCGCGCCCCGCUGCGUGAACGUCCCUAUUCACCCUAUGCCCCACGAUCGGCAUCUGCCCUCCUCCACGGCGUCGAGCCUGACCGUCCAAGCUUGAAGGGGCAAACUAAUGUGCUAUGGCAGCUGGUCUACGCUAAUGUCCUGAUCAUCGUGCUGGACUUCACAUUUUUCGGCAUCCAGUGCGCCAGGAUGUUCUACUUGCAGGGCGCGCUGAAGCCGUGUGUCUAUGGCAUCAAGCUCAAGAUCGAAUUUCUGAUCUUGAAUCGUCUGCGGGAGAUUACACUGCAACCAGCGAGCCGUGGAAUAUACCUCGGGAGUGAACAGGCGAGCGGCCAAUUGAUGGGUAGGAAUGUACUCAGCCCCGAUACGGCGGAGGAGGCACAUACACAUCGUGCAAUAAUACAGGCAAAAUAA